AUGGUAAACACCGGCGUGUUCACCUUCAACAUGGGCCAGUCCACACACACCGUAUCACCACGAUGUGUCAAUACCCCACCUCCGCUCUCCAGUUUAGUAAGUUUAAUCUGCCGUCUUCCCUUCACACCCCGGCCUCCAGUCUUCCCUCCACACCCCGGCCUCCAGUCUUCCCUCCACACCCCGGCCUCCAGUCUUCCCUUCACACCCCGGCCUCCAGUCUUCCCUUCACACCCCGGCCUCCAGUCUUCCCUCCACACCCCGGCCUCCCGUCUUCCCUCCACACCCCGGCCUCCCGUCUUCCCUCCACACCCCGGCCUCCAGUCUUCCCUUCACACCCCGGCCUCCAGUCUUCCCUUCACACCCCGGCCUCCAGUCUUCCCUCCACACCCCGGCCUCCAGUCUUCCCUUCACACCCCGGCCUCCAGUCUUCCCUUCACACCCCGGCCUCCAGUCUUCCCUUCACACCCCGGCCUCCAGUCUUCCCUCCACACCCCGGCCUCCAGUCUUCCCUCCACACCCCGGCCUCGCGUCUUACUUUACUCUGAUGCUCAUUCCCGUUAG